AAUCUCUUCAGUUUUAGACAUCAAGCAGAGAUACGUAUCUUUUUGUAUUUCUUUUUUUAAACUGAGUCAUUUUUGUUUUGGUUUUGUUCGUUUUUUAGCAUUUUUAGUUUUUUUUUAUAGUUUUUGUAAAAGAUUUGUAAGAAAUGUAACUAAUUAAAGAUCAGCGCCUCACUGAUUGCAGUUGGAUAUUUCUGAAGUUUUUCUAGUCGCGCGAUUGCAUUUGUCUGUGCCAAACCAACAGAAAAGAAAACAUGAUUGUUGGACUUUAUUAAAGUGAUAAAUAGAAUAUUUUUAUUUUUAUUUUUAAUUAUUCUGUGCAAAGAAAAUCUUCAAAACCUGAGUUAUAUGAAAUAAAUUUUGUAAAAUAUUGAAAGGGGACAGCUUUAUUCUCCCUUCAUUGCAUCUUACAGAAUAAAAAGGUUUAACCUAUAAGAACAAAUACCCUUUGUUAUAUAACUUAACAUUUAAAAAAGGAAAAGUGCUCGAAGAAAACUUUUUUACUCUAAAGUGAAAACCUAUUUUACAAAAGAAAGGAAACAUAGAGGAAGUUCGGUUCUAAAUUUAGAACAGCAAAAAUAUAUUUCGGGAUUGUGCAACUUGUAGUGAAAAUAGAUUUUUGAAAACAAAAAUCCAAAAUCAUGCCGGAAGCUAAUUUCAGUUUCUUUGCCCAUGCACCUGUGGAAGCAAAACAUCUGCCUAUUUUAAAAGCCUCUGGUGGUAUCGGUGAUACCGAUGGAUUUCCAGCAUUUGAUGUUGAGUCCGAGAACUAUGCCGCCCCGGAUGAUCCUAAAUGGGGUUUCCGCAUUACUGGUGGUGCCCAAUUUCAUAUGCCGAUCACAGUUUUUCAGGUAACGGACGGUGGUCUCGCUGACAAAGGAGGCAUUCGGCUUGGCGAUAUUAUUAUUCAAAUCAACGAGAUAGACGUUACGAACUUGCCGCUGGCCAAAGUACAGGAAAUUAUAGAUUCUUCAGCUAAGAAAAUCUUUUUGCUUGCUAGAGGGAUGGAAGACGAAGAAUUCACUGAUAACCCGCAAGAGGAGGAGAAGUCUAUUACAUUGAGGAUUCCAAAGCCAAUGCCACCACCUAAGGCAAGUAUUGAAGAACGCCUUCGUGAAAUGCAACGUAAACUAUCAGAAAUUGCUGAAAUUCCCAAAAUACUAUCAUCCACCCUUGAAACUGUUUCUCAAACGUUCGACAAAUUUCUCCCACCUCAGCCUCAGAAUUCAUACAAACAACAUAACUCAUAUGAAAGCGAUGAAUUGGAUUCGGUGAGCGACGAAAACGAUGACGUUUUAUCCGAACCUGAUAGUCUAGAAAUGGAGUGCAAAUACAAAGAUCUUACUCCCGAAUCAGACUAUGUUUCAGAAACACAUGAUUUUGACUUAAAUGAAACUGAAACGGAAACGGAAACCAAUGAGGAUGACAGUGAAGAUGAUGAAGAACAGCAAUAUACUUGGAACUCAAGCAAUAUUCCUGAAGUUAACAUCGAAGAGACCGAAGACGAAGAAAGGGAACCAACUGAAGAGGACCUAAUGAGACAAGAAAAACAAGAGAAGAUGGAAAAAUUAGAGCGGGCUUGGCCUUGGGCUGAUCGUGAGAAGAUUAUAUAUAGACAGUCAACUUGCCAUCUAGUGCCUCGACAGCCGCUUGGUAUCGUUGAAGACAGAAUUAAACUCUUAGCUAAGCAAAAUCUAUCAGCUUUAUAUGAACGAAAGCAAUCUGAUUAUUAAUUUUCAUAAAUUACGAAACAAAAAAUGUACUUGCCAAAAUAAUUUACCCUUGGUGUUCAAUUUGACAAAAUUUUAUUAUAUAAAAUUUAUAUUCUUAGUGUUAAGUUUUUUGAAAUAUUUUCUCCUUAUUUUUGAUUUUAAAUAAAAAGUUUUCCAAUUGUAA